UUGAAACUUGAUUUGACAGUGGUUUUAAUUCAUUCCAGUGUGCAUGAGGCAUUGAGGACCGCCAGUAGAUUGAAGGGACUGGGAUUUCUUUAGGAGGAGGGGUGGAUUUAAAAGGAGGGAGCCAUGGCCUCCCUCCUUAUGCGUAUCUUUCGGCUGGGUGUGGAGAAAAAGCGGGUUAGGCACUAUGAAAACCUGAAGAGGGAUGUGGAUCCACAUCAGACAUGGGAGACUCUGGGUGAACUGGGGGAUGGAGCUUUUGGGAAGGUGUAUAAGGUUCAGAAUCAGACAACAGGGGUCCUGGGAGCUGCUAAAGUCAUUGAAGUACACAGUGAGGAGCAGCUGGAUGACUACAUCACUGAGAUAGACAUCCUCGCAGCAUGUCGCCAUACAAACAUUAUCUCUUUGCUGGACUCCAUGUUCUUUGAGGGCUGGCUGUGGAUCCUUAUUGAGUACUGCCCCGGGGGAGCCCUAGAUGAUAUCAUGUUGGAACUGGAAAGGGGCCUUUCGGAGCAACAGAUCAGUGAAGUGUGCUGUCAGACUCUGCAAGCUCUGUCUUACCUGCACCAACAUCACAUCAUACACAGAGAUCUGAAGGCUGGCAAUAUUCUGCUCACGAUGGAGGGACUGGUCAAACUAGCUGAUUUUGGUGUGUCGGCAAAAAAUGACAAUACCCUUCAAAAACGAUCGACUUUCAUUGGAACUCCUUACUGGAUUGCACCGGAGGUAAUAAUGUGUGAAACAUCAAAGGACAAUCCCUACAGCUCUAAAGCUGAUAUCUGGUCACUGGGCAUUACUCUGAUUGAGGCUGCUGAGAUGGACCCCCCUCAUCAUUCUCUCAAUCCCAUGAGGGUCCUACUGAAGAUCACCAAGUCUCCGCCACCCACACUUUCCAACCCUCGCCAAUGGUCGUCCCAUUUCCAAGACUUUUUGAGGAGGGUGUUGCAGAAGAACCCAGAAGCUCGUUGGGGAGCCCAACAGCUCCUGGCCCACCCUUUCUCUUACGCUGGGCGAAAUGGGCAAGCGCUUAAAGAGCUCAUCGCUGAGGCCAAAGCAGAGGUGACUGAGGUCAUAGAGGCUGAGGCUCUGUUUGACCUACAGGGUGCAGAGAAUGAGACGGUAGCAUCAGAGUCCGAGCAAACACAGCCACUACCAGUACAAGCAUUUGAAGAACAAAGACCACAUGAACCUGAGAGUCCUCAGAAGACCGUAGAUGCUGUUCCUCAAUAUCCCACCAAUCCCGAGCCAAACAAUGAGGUUAAAGUAACUCGCAGGGCCUCCCAGGCCACAGUUAAAGCCCAGACGAGAGCAAGACGUCUCUCCAUCCCUGGAAACCUGCUUUCAUUUCUGACAGGGAGCUCUCGUCGUUGCAAAUCUGGAUUCUGGGGUGACAAUUCACCUGUUCAGGAAACUAAAGACUGUGAAGAUUCCAGUGCAGUUCAAACUGUCGGAAAUUGUCCCUCGGUUUCACAAGGAGAUGACAGCCAUGACAGUGAAAACACUGACAAACCCAAAGAGCAAAUAUCUGACUUAGUUGAAGUUAAAAGUAAUGAGGCUGCUGAUGCCAAAGACAAGGAAGCUAAAGUAGAAACUGACAAGGAAGACACCAAGAUCGUAAAUAACUUAAGCACACAAACAAAGCUACCAACAAAUAUCUCUGAAGAGGAAACACUAGAUCUUUUCAAGGUGGACACUGACACAGAUGAAGUUUCAGGGCACAGUCACCAAAUAUUCUGGAAAUCCCUCCAAAAUUCUGCUAUUGUUGACAAAGCCACACUUCCAAGAACAAAACAUCCACAGAGCACACUGGUUGAAGCUUUGAGUUUGGAACAAACACUUACCAAAACGUGCAAAUGGGAUGAGGAAAGAUCUAAAAACGAGUACCUUGAUUUGGCCUGUCCUCUGAAAACUUGCAAUUCCCAUCUCACAGUAGGUAUAAACACGAGCGUGGCUGCUGAGAUGCCAUCUAGUAACUUACGUGAAGAAAUUCCUGAUCUUCAGAAAGGGCAACAGACAACUGAACCAUUAGAAAGUGACCCUGAUGAGGGAAUAAUCACAUUUGUUGAAGAAAAAACUAAGGUAGAAAUAGAAGGGCCAGAGGAAAUGGAAACCAAUGGAGGAACAGGGGAUGAAAAAAAUGAGGAAAGUUGCCCAAAAGGCACAGAUAUUAAUGGAGAUAAAGAUACAAGGACAGAAAAAGAGAAGCAUUCAGCCACCACGGAAGAGCACAUUACCAUGGAAGUAGCGGACAAGAAUGUCCACUUAGCCUCCAAUGAAAACCAUAAUAUUAUAGAGGUAGUCAAUGAUGAUGUAGACUCUAGAGAUGAAAACAACGAGAAACCUGAAAGCAGUGAAAAAGGUGAGGAACUGAAUGCUGCAACAGAUACAGGAACGGAGGAAGAAGAACAUUCAGUCACCGAGGAAAUUAUGGCACCAAUGGAGCUAGAAUCAAGAAACAAAUGCGGUGAGAACACAAGACAAUCAGAUGAGAUGGAAACACCCAUCCAAAAUGAGGAGACAAAGAUAAUUGUUUUACAAAAUUCAGAGAAAGUAACAGAGCUAACAAGUAAAGUUAAUACAGAAGAGACCAGUCCUGAGGGGGAAAUGAGUCUCAGUGGUAAUGAAGGAGAAGCUGACAGCAUUGGGAAAGUGAACUGUUCUAAAGAGACAGAAGUUUGUACUGAUUCAGAGGAACCGAACCAAGAACGUAACCAAAGGAAUUAUAUUAGCUUACAGAACAACAAAAGAGACCAAUCAAAAAGCAAAGGUGAUGAUACAAUAGAUGUGACUGGACCAAAUUUGAAAAAGCAGGUGAUGUUUGCACUUGAGGAGGACAAACAAAGGCAAGAUAAAACCGAUGAAGGGCCACUUGCAAAUGGCAUAGACGAUUCAGACUUAAUACCACCACAUGUUGGAUCAAAUGGAACCACACCUAAAGAAUCUAAUGAUGACACAAUUCCACCUCUUUCUCCAACUACGGAGCCAACUUCCCCUCCUCUGUCCCCUGGCUUUGAAGGGGACUUACACCCAAGCAGGAGGACAGUAAAGAAAACCCGAAAAUUUAUGGUGGAUGGUCGAGAGGUCAGCGUUACCACCUCCAAAGAGGUUAGUGAGAGAGACAGCAAGGAACAACAAAUGCGCUCCAACAGACGACAGGAGCUGCACGCAUUGAAGCUCUUGCAGAGGGAGGAGCAAAGAGAGCAUGUGCAUCUGGAGCAGAAACUACAGCAGCAGCGAGAACAGAUGUUUCGUCACAUAGAACAAGAGAUGACUAGCAAGAAGCAAUACUAUGACAGUGAGCUUGAGAGACUUGAAAAACAGUACCAGCAGCAAAGCAGUCAAAUGGAGGCAGAGCACACAGCCCGACUUAGAGAGGAUGCACGGCGACUCAAGGCACAACAAGAGAAAGAGCUAAACCGCAAGAGCAGUGCCCUGAAAGCUGACCCUAAAGAGGAGCAACUGUUCCUACAGAAGCAGCAGCAGGAACUGAAUGAGGCUCUGCAGAAAGGUGUUCAGGAUCAUAAGAGGAAAGUGGCAUCCAUGGAAUGGGAGAUUACAGUCAAAUCUCAGCAGCUGAAGCGAGCUCGUGAGGCAGUGAUUUGGGAGUUAGAACAGCGACAUUUACAGGAGAAGUACCACCUAUUCAAACAGCAGGUGAAGGAACAGUACUCCCUACAAAGACAGCAGCUGACCAAGAAACACAACAAGGAUAAGGAGAGAGCAUCUUGGUUCCAGCAGGUUCUUCUAGAGGAACAUAAGUCAUUGCAGGCCCAGGAAAGAGCUUCCUUUCAGAAGGCCCAGAAAGCUGAAGCCAAAGCCCAUUUGAACCAGUUUAAAGUGGAACUCAGGAAGAAAGGUCUAAGCGGUUCUGAACAGCGUCAGUGUCUCACACAGUUUUUGUCAGAGGAGGAGGCCAGACAAAAGCAGGAAAGACAGAGUCUGCAAGAGAGUCAUGAGAACCAUCUGAAAGUAGUCCAGGAACAAUGUGACGCCAGUACUGUUGAACUAGAGCAUCUUCAGAAUGAGAAGCUUCAAGUUCUUGUGGACAUGGAGAAGAAAAAGAUCAAAGCUCUAGAGGACGAGCACACCCUGGAGCUCAACGAAUGGAGAGAUAAGCUAGCAUGCAGGAAAGAGGUGCUAGAGGAAGAUCUGGCUCGUAGACGCAGAGAAAAAGAAGGACAAAGAAGACGAGGAAGUGAGCCUGAAAACCGCCAUGCAACUCGUCGCUUAAAGUUCUUUCCAAACCUAAGCUUCUCUUGACAAACAAUUUAAACGUUUUGCGUCUAAACCCCAAUGCUUUUAUGUAUAAAAUGGGUAGUUGACAAAGAACAUAGACACAAACCUUUUUUAAACAUUAGGUUAUAAUGUACCAUAUAUGUGUAUAUUGAAAUGUGUAGGUGCUGUAACUGAUUAACAUUUUCUUCAAGUCCUUCACCAUUUGUAAUGAAUUGCAUUUAAUUAAUUUUAAUUGAUAUGGAGUCAUCAUGUGCCACAUUAUACAACAAUUAGAAAACUGCAGCUACUACCCAUAUACAGUUGAAGUCAGAAGUUUACUUACAGCUUAGCCAAAUAUAUUUAAACUCAGUUCUUCACAAUUCCUGACAUUUAAUCAUAGAAAUCAUUCCUUGUCUUAGGUCAGUUAGGAUCACUACUUUAUUUUAAGAAUGUGAAAUGUCAGAAUAAUAGUAAAGAGAAUGACUUAUUUCAGCUUUUAUUUCUUUCAUCACAUUCCCAGUGGGUCAAAAGUUUAAACACAAUUUGUUAAUAUUUGGUAGCUGUUGGGCACUUUCUUCAGGAGCGGGCUUGGUUAUUAGCAAUAAUUAUGACAAAUAAUUAUUAAUUAUUAAAAACAAUUGAGCAUUUAUUAGAAUUAAUAUUAGGUUAUUGAUUGUUCAAAUCAACAAACAUCAAAGAUAAUUAUCUAUUAUCAAAAUCAAUAGAAUAUUAAUAAUGAUUAAUAUUAACAACCCUGGAAACAGGGACUAAUAACCAGACAGUAUAGCAGUCUCACUAUAAGAUUGUUCUCUUAGGAAUGUUGACGUCCAGAAAACAUCGACAUACAAAAGGAAAACGAUGAAUCCGAGCACUUGCCUACCAGCCCUUGACACAGGUGCAUGCAGAACAAUACCAAAACACUUAUCUUUAAAGGUAUAACAAAGUUUAUUAAUGCAGUAAUAUCAAUUCAAAACAGCUAAACAAUAAAUGGCUUAUUAAAUUGAAUCACCUAUAAUAAGUUCUGUUUCAUAAUCUUUUAUAUGAUCUCCCUUCGCCAUGAACGGCUACCUGAAAUAAGAAAUUGUCGCAUUUUAAGAUUAAUGGCCAUAAAAAUAGUUGUCUAUGUUCAUUGACAGAACAUAUAAAGCAGUGAUAAUUCUGUCAAACAGUCAGUGAGACUACUGUCAGCUAAGAACAGGACACUGAGGCCACAGUGGGCACAGGCUCACCAAAACAUCGCCUGGUCUGACAAAUUUGGAUUUCUGCUGAGGUACACAAAUGAUAGGCCCACUGCAGCCUCAGUUUUCUGUUCUUGGCUGACAGAAGUGGAACCCAACAUGGUCUUCUGCUUUUGUAGCCCAUCCUCCUCAAGGUUUGUCAUGUUGGGAGAAGGGAGAAGUAAUGGAACAUUUGAGCAAUCACAUUAGCGAUUCAAGUGAUUAACAGCUUGAAUAAGUUGCUUUUAUUACAGCGUGCACUUGACAAACAAACCAAAAAAUUAUAAAAAAUGUAAUCAACACAAGCAAUGCCACAGUAAAUUAAGAUAAUGCGGCUCUUACCUUUCCUUUUAGUUUUUUAAAAUAGACCAUAAAACAGACAUUGCUUUUCCCUCUGUCUCUCUAUUUCGUGCUUUGCUUCUGGUGUCUUUUGCGGUCCUGUGUCCUUUUGAAAUCCAUGACCUCACGUAUGGAAUGGGGUUAAACUGAGAUAGUGGGGGUCCAACAAGGCAGAGAAAUAGAAGUUAUGAAAUUAUGGAGGUGUGGAGAGAUGCUCGGUUGGCAUUGCAAAUUAAGUUAAUUUGAGAAAAACCCCUCUCACACUCUGCACUUGAAAUCGGAACUGUUUUGACCACAAUCAAAAGUUAUUUUAAUCCCACUGGGAUGAGCUCACCGCCGUUCUCUCGAUAUUCCCUCAAAGCCCGAAUGGCAGAUCGAGAGCUGUCAAUGCCAAUCUGUUGACAAAGUGACUCGGCCUCUUUAUCAUUAUAAAUUGCUCCGGCAUCCUGAGGCCAGUAUUCAGGAAAAAGUACUUUUAGCUCUUCAAUGAGUUUGCUGUAACCCAUUCGGUCCCUUUCUCCUCCUCCGUACAAUAGCAUGUGAUUCUCCAGGCUUCUCACCAUACUCCCCCAAAAAAACCUUGUGACCCAAACCUUUGUCUUCUCUUCAUCCUUGAUGCAGAGGAACACCUUGGAAGAUUCUGUCCUUUAUAGCAUUUUGACUGAUUUGGCUAUGACGACCUGGUCUCUCAGACAUUGCCUCAAACACUCUUGCCUCGUGACAAAUAGCUCUAUGUGCCGUGAUAAUGUUACAGUCUUGUUUUUGGAGCUCCAAGGACAGCUCGGACAAUUCUUGAAGUGCAUCAUACAUGAGGCCUAGAUUUUGGACAAAACAGUACAAAGACAAGCACUUAGCAAGGCCACUGUAGCUCGCACGAGUAACGCUGUCACGGGAAUAAUCUUCUGCUGCCUGACUGAAAUGAUUGUAGAGGGCAGGGUCAUUUUUCUAUACAGCUUUGACAGAUCUAAAACUCGACGCAACCCAUCUGUUGUCCAAGACCCGGCCAAUUUUGCACAACUGAAUAUCUUAUUCGUCAGCACAUCGUUUAAGCUCAAUUCGGUUCUUGUUUGAUGUGCUGUACAGUGUGUAGAGUUUAUCCAUGAAAAUCCUGAAAUGAUUUAUUGCCCCCAAUUCUUUAAUCGUAUCGCCGACUGCGAGCUCCAGUCGAUGCGCUGAGCAGUGCCACACUUUCAUAUUUGGAAAGAGUGAUUUAAGUCUUGCUGCCACUCCAGACUUGCAGCUGAGCAUAACUGAUGUGCCAUCGCAUGAAAGCCCUAUUAGUGUUUUAGACAGAAACUCCUGGGUAAAAUUAACACCAUCUAAUAGUUGAGCGACAAUUCCAUGGGCACUUAGGUCUUCUAGUUCAACAAAAAUGUUUUCAGGCGACUCCAUGCCAGACAGCUGAAAUCUGACAUAAAUGAUUAAAAUGUUGAGUGGUGAUAGUGUAGUGGGCUAAAGCACAUAACUGUUAAUCAGAAGGUCGCUGGUUUGAUCCCCACAGCCACCACCAUUGUGUCCUUAAGCAAGUCACGUUGCUCCGGGGGGAUUGUCCCUGUAAUAAGUGCACUGUAAGUCGCUUUGGAUAAAAGCGUCUGCCAAAUGCAUAAAUGUAAUGUAAAUGUAAAGCACUCUUUCUGCUUAAGCUAGUUGCUUCAUCAAGAAUGAGACCAAUCUUAGAGUGCAGAAUUAUUCCCAUGUCGAGACAUUUUACUCCUGGCAAUCAAUUUCACUCUCGAAGCAUACGCUGGUCUGUGGCGCUUCGCUUCCUUGUAGACUGUUCGAAAAAUUCUUGCAGUAGUGUUCACGUCAUCGGAUAGGUUAUUUAAUAUAGUUGUUUGUAACGAGUCUUCUUUUGCCUUUUCGAAAAUGCUAAGUGCUGCAGUGUGUGCCUUCGCUCUGAGAAUGUUCAAAAACUUUUUUCCUGAGUGCCCUCUGUUGUUUUUUUAAUCUCUGUGGCAGAAAACGUUACAGAGCAUGUCACCCACUCUUUGGCCAGUUUCAUUCCUGCCGAUUUUUCGGGACCCAGGCUUCAAACCUUUUCGCAAACAGCGCAGCCCAGAUGCGGCGACCCCUCCAUGACAAGCCAAGGAUAUGAUGUCUUUUUUGUUUUAAACUGCUGCUUUGGUCCAUAUUGCCUCCAUUCUUUGACCUUCUCCAGUGUUUGUCUGCUCACCUCCACAUGCUUCUUCCCCCAACCCGCCAGAGCUCUCCGCAGUUGUCGACUUGCUCUGUUCCUCGCAGGUGGUUUCUUGCUCUGUGUUAACAUCAUUAGCUGAUGAACUUGCACCUUUUCUAUCAGUGGGAUCUAUAAUAACUCUUGUCUGUUUGGUUUCAGACAUUGGGCCCAGUCUAAAUUAAUACAUUUUCGCCAUCGUUCCGCAUCUCCAAUUAAACAAUAUGACCUGAAUAAGUAGGUGUUCAUGUGUACCUAAUAAAGUGGCCAAAGAGUGUGUAUAUAUAUAUAUAUAUA